AUGCUGAGAAAUCCUGGGGCUUUUGACAGAGGGUCCUUGGUCGCCACAGGACCACAGAAAUCGAUUCAAUGGCCUCUGCCGUCUACAGCCCAGCACGGCCACAAGUUGGCCCUCUUUGGGCCUACCAGGUCCAUGGAUCGCGUUCCAUGGACCCAUCAGGCUUAUUGUCUCCUGCCUCCAGCAUGGCAACCUAGGUCAGUGGCCCUUGGUGAUUAUGCUAGUGACCACAUGAUGUAG